GAGUAGCCUCCCACCCCACUGACGCCUUUUGCUUUGGACUGUGUAGUGAAUCCAGUUCCAGCUGCCUCCUCUGUAUAUAAAUAAUCUCAGGGCUCCACUCUAGCAACACACUCGUUCUUCCAUGGCAUCCGAUACCGCCAUUAUCGCCUGGGGCUCCGGAGAAGACGGACAGUUGGGUAUCGGGAGCAACGAGGAGCGGGAGCGAGUCUGCGUUGUCUCGUCUCUCCAGUCGCGCACUGUUCGCUCUGUUGUCGCCGGUAGCCGAAACUCUCUCGCCAUUUGUGAUGACGGCAAGCUGUUUACAUGGGGUUGGAAUCAGAGAGGGACUUUGGGGCACCCACCAGAGACCAAGACGGAGAACGUCCCGAGCCAAGUUAAAGCUCUUUCCACUGUUAAAAUCGUUCAGGCUGCUAUUGGCGGAUGGCAUUGCUUGGCUGUUGAUGAUCAAGGCCGUGCUUAUGCCUGGGGUGGAAAUGAGUAUGGACAGUGCGGUGAAGAACCUUUGAGAAGGGACAUUCUGAUUCCUCAGCGAUGCGCACCUAAACUUGUGGUUCGCCAGGUGGCUGCUGGGGGUACUCACUCUGUGGUGCUUACACGUGAAGGGCAUGUAUGGACAUGGGGUCAACCAUGGCCUCCAGGAGACAUAAAACAAAUUUCAACACCUGUACGGGUACAAGGUCUUGAUGCAGUGAAGCUCAUUGCAGUAGGGGCAUUCCAUAACUUGGCUCUCCAGGAGGAUGGCACUUUAUGGGCAUGGGGUAACAACGAAUAUGGACAGCUUGGAACAGGGGAUACACAGCCAAGAUCACAGCCGAUUCCUGUCAAUGGGCUCUCUGGUCUUACUUUGGUAGAUAUUGCUGCUGGAGGAUGGCAUUCUACUGCACUGACAGAUGAUGGAGAGGUGUAUGGAUGGGGCCGAGGGGAACAUGGUAGACUUGGUUUUGGCGAUAAUGAUAAGAGCAGUAAAAUGGUCCCCCAAAAGGUUCAUCUUUUAGCUGGGGAAGACAUUGUUCAGGUGUCGUGUGGAGGCACUCACUCUGCUGCGUUGACACGUAAUGGGCGCAUUUUCUCUUUUGGUAGAGGUGAUCAUGGACGUCUCGGGUAUGGAAGAAAGGUGACAACAGGUCACCCGAUGGAAGUCCCGAUUGAACUCCCACCCAAAAAAGUCGGUGACAGUGAAGCCCAGGGCCAUUGGAUUGCCAAACUUAUUGCCUCCGGAGGGCGCCAUACUCUGGCAGUAGUUGAAUGGAAAUCAGAUGAAUCAAUUGAAAACGGUGACCAUUAACUUUUCAGUAAUAACAAUAAAAUUAUCUUAGAUU